AUCACAAUAACGGGUUUAGUUCUUGAACAAGGACAAUAUGGGAGGAACGGAUUUUCACGUCCUAAAACUCCUAAUUCUUAUAUCCGUAAUCAAAAUAAUAUCUGUGGGGGGAUACAGUUUAAAUAAUUUUUAUCCACCCUGGGGAGGUAGUAAUGGAGCUACACCCGUUCGUCUUCACGGAGAAUUCACUAUCAAUCCUUUCAAUACGGGAGUUGGGCCCGAAAUCCCAGAAUUGAAAGUUUUUUUCAUUGGAGAACACCAAGUUUUUGAAGCAGAGGUUGAAAAAGAUUCAACGAAGGAGCAUGUAAUUGGAUGCUACACAAGACCAAUGCCCGUCGGCAAAUAUAAAAUCUGCGUGGAGAUUGAAGGGGACCAAUACUGCAAGUCUACUUUUCAUGUUGUGUGGUGGCGUACACCCUACAUUGCAGAAUUCCAUUUUUCUGCUGAUCACGAUUCAUUUGCCGGAACACCUCGCAGUUUACUGACAGUCGAUGGGAGAAUUUUUACUGAUGUUUAUGGCACAAAUGACAUUCGCAUGCUGGGAUCGGCUGAAGAAUUGACAAUUCGACGAGUUUAUGCUGGUUCAGAAGAUUGUUCACUAGUCGACGAAAAUGAUGAUUUGUACGGCCUACAGUUGGAUUCAGAAGGUUCGUGGGAUGGCGAAUUCACAUGUAAAAUGAACAGCGAAUAUGUCGGUAACAACAAUUUCAGUUUCAUUGUUACUGGUUAUGGAAGAUCAAAGGUUAACGAGAACUUAAUGAGAAUCACAGGGGAGGACAAGAUCUACAUGUUUCAAACUUAUGCAGAGGUUACUGGAAUCAGCCCACAAUCGGGAAGUGAGGAAGGAGGAACAAUUAUAACAGUUUCAGGAAGAUAUUUUGAUCCCAACCCCACAAAAGACACCCAUGUAUGGGUCGGCCGUGAGCUUUGUGAAAUAAUUGAAGGCUCGCAGACAGAUACUGAGUUGAAAUGCAUCACUCCAUCAAAACCAUCCAUUAUGGAACUUUAUCCAGGGUCCAGAGGAGUUAACGUUGAGGUAUGGUACGAUACACAGAUGAAUCUUGAUGAUGCUAGAGUAUCGCUUAACUCCACUCAUGAUGGAUAUGAUACUUGGGAAGCUGAUUCUGCUGGGUAUUCAUUUGAAAAUGUGACAACUAUAGUGAAAAUUACUGGAACUUUUGAAGUUCCUGUGGAUGACAAAUAUCAGUUUUAUAUCAGAUCAGAUGACGGAAGUGUUUUGUAUUUGUCAUGCGAUGGAAAUUCUGCCAAUGUGGAGAAAGUGGCUUAUGCAUCAUCUUAUGCUCCUCAUUUUAGACACUUUUCAUCACAAAAAUCGGAUUGGAUGGACCUAGAUAAAGGCCAGUUUUGCUAUUUUGAGGGACUUGUUCAGAAUUAUCAAGGGCCUGGUAAUAUUUAUAUCGGUGUCUUGCGUGCAACAACUACUUUGACUAGUGCUCAGUCUGCAAAUGCAUGGAUGGAAAGGCAACAAAUAUUAUGGCAAGCACAGGAAAAAAAAGAGAAGCAGGUUAUUUCAUUAAUAAACUGGAAUCCUGAAACACCAUUGUCUGAAGUUCAAACUGUUGAAGUUUCAAGUAAUUGUUAUCAGACAGAUUUUCCAGAUGUAAUUUGUGCAAGUGAAUUCUAUGUGCUCUCAUACCGCGGACGCCACACUAAUGUGCUUUCUGUAAAUGCUCUUGAUUUUGAUGUUCAAGAGGCUUUAAAUAAAAUUAUGCCAACUGAUGAUGUUGAAGUAUCAGUAACAUCCACACCAAUGUUAGAUGUAAAUGGGAAUGAAAUUGGAACAUCAUACGAAGUUACAUUCAGUGGAUACAUGGGAGAUGAACCUGCACUAGUUGUAGAACAUGCCAGCGCCAAUGUUACAGUUGAGGUUUCCGAAGACACAAAGGGUUCUCCAAAUUUUUUGAAGUUUUCACUUAAUUUCCUGGGAAGGAUCACUGAUGCGAUUCGAGUUGAUGCAACUGCUGAAGAUGUUCAGGAGGCAUUAUGGAAAGCAAGAGAAGCAAAAUGUGUUGAUGAACUUAUGAAACUUAGCUCGUUGUUUAUCAGAGAGUUUUUACAUUUUGAAGGAAAUAAACCUUCUGAUUACUCCGAAUCUGGUAAAAGGACAAAGAAUAUGGAUGCUUUUUGUGGAAGCUCCUCUCUCCUCAACCCACAUGAUGUUUUUGACUCUGGUCGUGAUCAUUUUUCAAAGUACAGUGUGGAAGAGUUUCCUUAUUUUUGCUUUGCACACAAAGGUUUGUUUCUGAACAAACUUUCAAUAAAAUUUGAAUAUGUUCGACCAUCAGAUGGAAGAGUUUUAACGCCGGAAGUGAAAUUCUUUGAAAAUGAUAUUGUAAUGACAGAAAAUGCUUGGAGUUAUAGUUGUUUCAACAUUGAAGAGGCUAUCAAAGAACAUGAUGAUUACAUGGAUGCUCAAAACAUCAAGAUACUUCGUUUGGCUGGUUUUCAAACUAUCUCUAAUCAACAAAAUUUUUAUAUUGACGAAGUGUUGAUAACAAGAACUAUACCGGAUGAUCUAGAAGAUAUUGUCAUCAGAAGGCAACCACCAGCAAUGUAUCAAGGUGAAGUGAUUUCUUCAAUCGAAGUUGAGAAGUUGGAAUCAAACCAUACAGAGUUUGAGAUUACUUUCUCUCCAUAUAAUUGUGCCCAUGAUCUUCCAUUAUUAUCGGUCGUUAAUGCACCGAUGAUGUUGGAACAAUCUGUGGAUGCUUCUCAGUACAACGGUAUUGGCUGGCCUGUGGGAACUGUUGUCAAUGUAACAAGAACUCAGAAGACUAAUAUUCCUGUUGGAGGAACAUUUGAUAUAUCAUAUGACGAUGAUGAACUUGGCCUUCUAUCUUAUUCUGGUAUUCCUGGAUCAAUUGCUCUUAAGGAGUUGGAGGCAAUAUUAGAAUCAAUGGGAUUGGGUGACAUGAAAGUUUGGGGACAUCAAGAUUAUUGCUAUUCAAGAAGAAUACUUGUUGAAUGGGUGGCAAAUGGUGGAGACAAGAAAAUGUUUGAUAUUGAUGACACAAAUAUACAAGGGGAGGAAGACUUACAAUUUCAUCAUUACUUCCGGAAUGGUGGGGCUUUGCAUGCACCAUUUGGAGGGGAUAUGACCAGACGUAUGUAUAGUGAAUCUCAGGUUGAAGUAUUGAUGAAUGGGAUUCACUCUCGUUGUGAUGGAGAUUGCUCUUUCUCAUAUUCAAAUGCUUUAACUCCAGUGUUGACUUCAAGCUCACCUUCCUCCGGAAGUAAUCCUACUCCAAUUACAAUUGUUGGAACCAACUUAGAUGAGAGUAGUAGUGGAUCAGAAGUUCUCAUAAAUGGAGUGGAAUGCACAAUUACUUCACAUACUUCCACAGAAAUCAUUUGUACUACAGGCAGCAUGGAAUAUGGAGAUCAUGAUAUUAUUGUUCGUGUUGGUGGUAAAGGGUAUGGAACACAACCCGACCCUGCUCUUUCUUACACUCAAUUAUACUCUGUAUCAUCCAUUUCACCUUCUAGUUCAUUCACCCCAGGAGGGAUAUUUUUGACACUUACUGGUGUUGGUCUGAGUUCUUCACUUUCUGUUGAAAUCAAUUUUGUGGAUUGCCCUGUUGUGUCAGCAUCACCUACAACUAUUCAGUGCGUUGUUCCACCCUCUUCUACUGAAGCAUCAUACUCUGUUGAGCUAAUUACUAACUCUGGAACGAGAACAACAGUUGGUACUUUUGAGUAUUCAAAUGCUGGAAUGCCAGUUGUCACAUCUAUUUCUGGAGAAAACAUUAUGGGGCCGGGAGGAACAUCUGUGAUAUUGAGUGGUUCUAACUUCGGAACUGUGAUCGAUGAUAUUUUAGUUACCAUAGGAGGACAAACUUGUGAAAUUCUUAACUUAUCUGAUACAUCAAUUGAAUGCACUUCACCAUAUCUUUCCAGUGGAACGUAUUCAUUGGAAGUUCUGCUAACUGGUCUUGGAGCUGCUGAUCUUGGAACAAACAGUAUUCCUGAUAUUGUAUAUACUUUUAUUGUAACUGAUAUCCAACCAAGAAUGACUUCAUUAUUUGGCGGGCAGACCUUGGAACUAACAGGAAAUGGAUUUUUGGAAGACACAACUGUUUCAUUGGGUUAUGUUGAUUGUGAAGUUACAAACAUUAUGUCAACCUCACUUUCGUGCACAUUGGGUUCAACUGCACAAAUUCAUUACAUUUAUAAUGAAGGAAGCCAUGCUGAUUUUGGUUUUGGUUAUGCUUGGCUUCCUGAUGUGAUGACAAUUGUACAAGGAGAUACAGUCGUCUGGGACUGGUACUUUCCAGAGUGGAUUGAUGACAUUGAUGGCAUCGAAAUAUUCGAAACAUCUGUACCAGAUGGUCUAACACACAACGGUGGAUUUUUAUCAGGAUAUGAUAGGACUUUAACAGGAACAUUCUCCCAUACCUUUACCUCGGUUGGAACCUUCUACUAUUCAAGUGGAUAUGUUGAUGAUGAAGACUAUGGUUCAAUCCUUAUGUCUGGAACUAUAAAUGUUGUGGCACUAAGUGAUAUUUCUCUAGGAUUGGAAGUUCAAAAUAAUGGAAUUUCUGCAGAAAUCAAUUUAGUCACCAAUGAUGGAAUAACUAAAAGAGGAGCUCCUUGUGUGCCACUCAAUGCUGGAAUAGAUGGAUGCGCUCCAAGUCGCAAAAAAAGGGAUAUUGGCAUUCGUAGUCGAACAAAAAGAGGAACAGGUUCUAUAGUAACAAUAACAGAAGAUUACAAAAAUCAAUUUUUACACUCUCAUAAUAAUGCAAGAUCGAAUGCGUAUCCACAAGGGUCAAACAUUAUACUAAUGGAAUGGAAUGAUGAAAUUGCUGCCAAUGCAGAAAGUUAUGCAGAGCAAUGCACUUGGGGUCAUAGCACUUCCGCAUCAAGAGUUACGAGUGACCAUGGUCAACUAGGAGAAAAUCUUGCAAUAUAUACCAGAGGAAAUUCCUUGAGCAAUAUUGCCAAUGCUGCUGUUGUUGACUGGGCUGAUGAAGUAGCUUUCUACAAUUUCAGCACUUUAUCGUGUCAAGAUACAGAAGUUUGUGGACAUUAUACACAAGUUAUCUGGGAUGACAGUUAUGCUUUGGGCUGCGCCAUUGCUGACUGUGAGGAAGCAGACAUUGAAAAUGAUCCAUUUACUGACGCAGAGUAUCAAGGAGCUUAUUAUAUUGUUUGUCAAUAUGGACCAGGAGGAAAUUUCAACCCAAGCACUAAUCCUCCAUAUGACGAAGGUGUUCCAUGUUCAAACUGUCCUGCUGAGUUUCCAGCUUGUGAUUCAACAUAUACUUUGUGUGCAAAGGAAACUGGUGGUGGUGGGGAUGGUAAUGGCGAUGGAGAUGUUACCGCAUCAGUGUGCUUCACCCCAACUAUAACAAGCAUUUCACCUCAAUUUGGGACUGUUGAUGAUGUUAUUACUAUUGAAGGAACCGGAUUUGGUGAUGAUAGUUGCAGAAUAUCUGUUGUUAUUGGUGAUGAUAUUUCGUGUACAGUUAAUUCAUCAACAACAACCACCAUAACUUGUACUCCCAAUCCUAAUGCUGGUGCAAAUAUUGGUAUUUCUUAUGAGGUAAUUGUCAAUGUGUUGGGAUAUGGUGAUGCUUUUGUUGAUAUACCCACAGAUGCUGACAAAAGAUUUGCUUUAUUGCCCUCCAUAUCAUCAAUUACACCUGCUACUGGAUCUUUAGCAGGGGGAACAUACAUUGAUAUAUUAGGAACUGGUUUUAUGGAUGAUGUUACAAGUGUUAACAUUGGAGGGGACGAUUGUGAAAUAAUCAGUCAAGAUUAUGUCAGCAUCAAUUGUAAAACUUCAAGUGGAAGUCAAGGAUCUCAGACUGUUGGGGUUGUUGUCAAUUCAUACCAAGCUGUUUGUUUGAGUUCUUGCGACUUUCUGUUUGAUGUUUCUGUUACACCAUCGGUUUCAUCCAUUGAACCUAAUUCUGUGUCAUCAGAAAACACAGCUAUACACAUCACUGGAACUGGUUUUGAUGGAGAUUCAUCGGAUGUCAUGAUUGGUGAUUCAACUUGCGUUAUUGAUUCCAUAAAUGCAACUCACAUUGAAUGCACGAUAGCAGAGUUGAUUGCAGGAAAUUUUGAAACAAAAGUUCACAUUUCUCCUAAAGGAUAUGCUGACUUUGAGGCAUCUAACAUUGUCACUGGUGAAUCUAUUGCAACUUUGUCAGCAACAUCAGGUAGUGUGUUUGGAGGAUCUGUAUUCACUAUUGCCGGUCAUGGAUUCAACUCUGAUGACCUGUCCGUAACAUUUGAUGGUUCUGAUGCAGAGAUUAUGUUAAAAAUGAAUAAACUGCUUCUUGUCAAAACACCACCUGGUACUGCAGGAAAUAAAGAUGUUGUAAUUGUAUCAAAUGGUGUGACUUAUCCAACACUGCAAUUUACUUAUGAUGCUGCUUUGACUCCGUUAGUCACAAGCAUCUUGCCAACAUCAGGUGGUGUUGGAACUACUGUCACUAUAACUGGCACAAUGUUGAACGCGACAGCAUCAACUAAUGAGGUAAAAAUUGGGGAUGCAAUUUGUACAAUAACUUCAGAAACUGCAACGGAAAUUCAGUGUUCAACAGGAGAACCUUCAAUUGGUGGAGAGAAAGAAAUAACUGUAUUUGUUGGGGGUCAUGGAAACGCUGACACUACUUCUGUCACAUUUACUUAUGAUAUGGAAAUUUCUUCAUUUUCACCAGUGGAAGGAAGUUACGGUGGAGAAAAUACAAUUACAAUUACUGGAUCUGGAUUCUCUUCUGAUGCAACCGUACAUGUUGGAUACAGUAUAUGUGAGGUUGAUAGUGUUGUAUAUGGAAGUAUAUCUUGUACUUUAGAAGAGACCCCAUCACUUGUUGCCAGAGAUGAUGCAAUCGAAAGUUUUGAAGUACUUCUAAAUAGCUUUGAUAUCACUGUAUUUAAUUCUCUUCCACGAGAUGACUAUCAAGUGAUUGGACAAUAUGCCUCGGAUUGUAUUAAUUGUGAUACAUUGAUUUCAAAUUUGCCAACGUAUAGAAUAGGAAACGGAGAUGCAUUGAUGAAUCCUGUCAGUUACAAUCAAAUAAUGACUAAUGGUGCAGCUCAAAUUUCUGUAUGGGAGCCAGUACCCCCAUCAGAUAGUUAUGUAUGUUUGGGAAGUUUCAUUGUGACUGGUACGUCCCCUCCCGAACUGGAUGCAACCGCUUGCAUUCAUUAUAUGUUAGUUGAAGAAAGCACGCCGACACUUGAGCUUGAUGCAACAACACUUUAUAUAUGGAGUAUUACAGAUAGUCCUUUUGUUUUGUACACUGCUUCAUCUACUCCUCCAACUGUCUAUAAACUAAAAGAUAUGUCACAAGCUAUGUCAAAUAUGCAAUACCCCAUAACAAUUGACAAUGAUGGGACUGAAGUUAUGUCUGCAACAAAUUUCACUUUCAAAUCUGCAUUAACUCCUGUUGUAACAAGUGUGACACCUACACGGGGUGGGACAGGAGGAGGAACUCCAAUCACCAUUACUGGAACUGGUUUCAGUGUAGAUACUGCAGAUGUUUCUGUCACUAUUGGUGGAGUCGUAUGUGAUGUGACAUCUACUUCACUGACAACAAUUGAAUGUACAACCAAUUCUAGGAAUGGCUCCAUAGAAACUGCAGUUAUUGUAAAUAUCGCUGGCAAGGGUCAGUCACUGGAUAUAGGAGCCAAGUUUUACUACAUUGAUCUUUGGUCAUCAAUUUGGACAUGGGGUGGAAGAGGAAUACCUGGUGAUGAUACUUUUAUUGUCAUACCUGCUGGUAUGGAAAUCAUGAUUGACGAGAACACUGCCAUUCUAAAGAUGCUUUUAAUUCAAGGAGGAAAAGUAUUUUUUGAUGAAGCAGAUAUCGAACUCAAUGCAAAGAAUAUACUUAUUACAGAUGGAGGAGUUUUGCAGGUUGGCACUGAAGAUGAACCAUUUCAACAUAAAGCAAUCAUAACUCUUCAUGGACAUUUGAGAUCAAUUGAGCUUCCAAUCUAUGGUACAAAGACAAUUGCAGUUCGAGAUGGAAUGUUAGAUUUGCAUGGAAAAUAUGUCCCUGUGACCUGGACUUAUUUGAGUGCAACUGCCAAUGCUGGAACAAAUGUAAUCACAGUCGAUAAUCCUGUUACAUGGGAAGCAGGAGAUGAAAUUGUUAUUGCAAGUACAGGUCAUCGCCACAGUCAAGAAGAAAAUGAAAAACACACCAUUUUGUCUGUAGCUGGUGAUCAAGUUACUAUUACUUUGGAAACUGCAUUGGAAUUUGACCAUUUAGGUGUUGUAGAAACUAUGCCAGAUGGAACUGUUUUAAAAUCAAGAGCUGAAGUUGGACUUCUCACCCAUAAUGUUCUUGUUCGUGGGUCUAGAAACAUGGACUGGUCUGAAGACAUUCCUGCUUGUCCAGAAGGAUUUAACACUGGAGAAUUUGCCCAACAAACAUGCUUUCAGGGUCGUUUUGGGGAAGAAAUGGGAUCAGAUCAAUUUGGUGGACAAAUUAUGUUUCAUCAUCCUAGUCCUGAUGAGCAGAAAGCCUUCGGCAGAAUUUCCUAUGUAGAACUUAAUUAUAUGGGCCAAGCAUUCAGACUAGGACGUUAUGCGAUUCAUUAUCAUUUAAUGGGAGACAUGAACUAUAAAAAUUAUGUCAGAGGAUGUGGCAUUCACGAAACUUUUAACAGGGCUGUUACAAUCCACGAUACUCACAAAGCAUUGGUAGAGAAAAAUGUUAUAUUCAAUUCGAUGGGAGGAACAAUCUUUAUCGAGGAUGGUUUAGAAACAAAAAAUAAAAUUAUAGGAAAUCUGGUUGUAUUCUGUAGACAAAGUACUUCAUUACAAAAUGAUGACGUUACACCAGCAGCAUUUUGGAUCACAAAUGCUGAUAACAUUGUUGAAGACAAUGCAGCAGCUGGCGGAACUCAUUUUGGUUAUUGGUUUAGAAUGCACAAGCAUCCAAGUGGUCCAUCACAUACAACAUCUAUUUGUCCAAGAAAAGUAGCACUGGGUUCUUUUUCUAAUAACACUGCUCACUCCCAAGGAUGGUUUGGAGUUUGGAUAUUUCAGGAGUUCACUCCAAAAUCUGGAUCUUGUUGCUGGUGUGAUCAAAAUGAAAUAGCAGUGCUGACGGGACUGGAAGUUUGGAAUUGUGAGAAAGGAGCGGAGUUUGUACAAACUGGUUCCGUUAAAAUCAGUGAUUCAAAAUUUUAUAACAAUGACAAGGCGGGAGUUGAAGUUAAAAUGAUGAAACCUUUGGUAUGGGGAGAGACUGGACUGGAGAAUUCAGUC